UCCACGCCUGCAAAUUCUUCUGGAAGGAUUUUUCCCCCUCUCACCAGGUUGGGCGCGUUUGGUGCAAGAUUCUCGGGAUCCUCGGCGCUGCCUCUCCCUCCCCUCCCCCCUCCUUUCCUUUUUCCUUUCCUUUCUUCCUUUCCUCCCCCCACCCCCACCCCAAACAAACGAGUCCCCAAUUCUAGUCCGUCCUCGCCGCGGGCAGCGGGCGGCGGAGGCAGCGCGCCGCGGUCGCCGGGAGCAGGGAGCCCAGGGCGCCCGCUCCUCGGCGCAGCAUGUUCCAGCCGGCGCCCAAGCGCUGCUUCACCAUCGAGUCGCUGGUGGCCAAGGACAGUCCCCUGCCCGCCUCGCGCUCCGAGGACCCCAUCCGUCCCGCGGCGCUCAGCUACGCCAACUCCAGCCCUAUCAAUCCGUUCCUCAACGGCUUCCACUCGGCCGCCGCCGCCGCCGCCGCCGGCAGGGGCGUCUACUCCAACCCGGACUUGGUGUUCGCCGAGGCGGUCUCGCACCCGCCCAACCCCGCCGUGCCAGUGCACCCGGUGCCGCCGCCGCACGCCCUGGCCGCCCACCCCCUGCCCUCCUCGCAUUCGCCACACCCCCUCUUCGCCUCGCAGCAGCGGGACCCGUCCACCUUCUACCCCUGGCUCAUCCAUCGCUACCGAUAUCUGGGUCAUCGCUUCCAAGGGAACGACACAAGCCCAGAGAGUUUCCUUUUGCACAACGCGCUGGCCCGAAAGCCGAAGCGGAUCCGAACCGCCUUCUCCCCGUCCCAGCUUCUAAGGCUGGAACACGCCUUUGAGAAGAAUCACUACGUGGUGGGCGCUGAAAGGAAGCAGCUGGCGCACAGCCUCAGCCUCACGGAAACUCAGGUAAAAGUAUGGUUUCAGAACCGAAGGACGAAGUUCAAAAGGCAGAAGCUGGAGGAAGAAGGCUCAGAUUCGCAACAAAAGAAAAAAGGGACACACCAUAUUAACCGGUGGAGAAUCGCCACCAAGCAGGCGAGUCCGGAGGAAAUAGACGUGACCUCAGACGAUUAAAAACACAAACCUAACCCCACAGAAACGGACAAGACGGAGCAAAACAGACAAGGAGAGGAGGGGAAGAAGAAAAAAAAUCCUGCAAAACAGAAACAAACCGCACACACAUUCACCGAGAAAGGGAGGAGGAAUCAGAGGGAGCAAUGGCUCGCGUCGCAGACUUUGGGCAGCGAGGGCUCAGACUCCCAAUCCGAGGCAGCGUCGAGAUGGCAGAGGACGGAGGCUCCUUCAUCAACGUGCAACCCACGUCUAAAGAGGCAGCUGAGUGAGUGAGUGAGAGAGACAGAGAGGAAGAGAGAGAGGAAGGGGGGGUGAGAGAGAGAGAGAAAGAGAGAGAGAGAUCUGAAUGUGGCAAAGCUGAGCGCAAGCUCUGAUGGGGGAACUGUCAGUCAAACGCCAAACCAGCAGACGAGAUGAUUGGCAGGUAUUCUGUUUAUCACAGUCCACUUAAAAGAUAAUGAUAAUGAUAAAAAAAAAAGAAAAGAAAAGAAAAAAAACCAACCAGGCACAGGACUUUUUAUUUUGCACUUCGCAGUGGUUCCCCCCAAUCUUUAAAAAUAAUUAGUAAUAAGCGAAAUUCCAUAUCUAGCCCCACCCUACACCUGUUUCAAAAACUUGAAUUGCAUGUAGCAGUUGUUGGGUGAAUGGUGUUUAAAGACAGAAAAGGAAUUGUAAUUUUCCUUUCCUUUUAAAGACAGGUUCUGUGUGCUUUUAUUUUGAUUUUUUUCCUGAAAUGUGCAGAAAAAACGUGCAGUCUGUAAACACUUUUUGAUACCUUCUAAUGUCAGUGAUUGUGAAAGCUAAAUGAAGUAGGCUCAGCAAUAGUGGUCCUCUUACAGAGAAAUGGGGAGCAGGACGGGGGGCUGGGGGUGGCAAGGGAGGGU